UACGUGGGCUAAGUUCGGUUUUUCAUCAUACGAGACGCUAUAGAACCAAAAUUGAGGCAUAAACAAUUAAAGGUGUAAUUUUAUUUAUAAAUAUUUCCAUGGAAGACCUAAAAAGUCAACCAGAGGAAACAGAGAUGACCGAACCUAGCAAGGAGGUCCCAGAUGAAGCCGUAGGAUCACCCGAAACACGACCCAUAGCCUCGCAGUCGCUGGAUUCGGCCCCCAUAGAAGCUCACAACGAGGAAGGAGAGAAGCUGCAGAGAACGCCCGCCGGCAAGGGGAAUAAAAAGAAUAAGAACUCCAAGGGCCCGCAGUCAGACAUGGUGAUGGACCCCGAGAUAAAGAAACUCACUCAGCGGCGCAUCAAUGUAGCUGGAGCACCAAAAAUGCCACUGAAUGGCUACGUGCGAUUCAUGAACGACAGACGAGAGGAGUUGCGCCGCGAGCAGCCGCAGCGUACGGCCCUGGAGCACACGAAGAUUAUUGGUGAGGAAUGGCACCUGCUGCCGGAAGAGCGCAAGGUUCCGUACAUGGAAGCGGCUGCCAAAGACAAGGCUUUAUACCAAGAGCAGCUGCACUUAUUCUUCAAGGACCACCCCGAGAUUGUGGCUAAAGAGUUGGCCAGGGUAAAAAAAGCUACAAAAGGAGACAGUGCUUCGAAGGAGAAGACACCCAAAGCUGUAGCCAACAACGAUGUCAGCGUCGGCAAAGGAAAGAAACCGAAAGCGAAGACCCCAGCAACAAAGAGGCCAAGCGAGCACUCUCCUGACCCAGAUGAUGUUCCGCUGUCCCAGGUAAAACGCACGCCGACUCCAACACCACCACCACCACCACCUCAACAAGCACAAGCGCAAGCUCCAGCAACAAUAGCACUCAACAUUGUCGCCGCACCGCGUCCGCUUCAGCCAGGUGAGAUACCCAUUUACACAAACGAGUUCAUCGAGCACAAUCGCAGCACGGAGAACGAGCUGCGAACGCUGCGCAAGACGAAAACGGAUCUGGAACAGCAAAAUGCGGUGCUGGAGCAGCACGUGGACAACACCAAGGCUGGCUAUGCCAAGGUGAUGGGCGAGGUGGCCGAACUGAAGGAGGAGAAUGUGCGACUGGAGGCGUACGUGAAGGGUCUGCGCCAGAAGCUGGUUGCAGCCCUCAAUUGUGUCCCAUUGCCUCCGCUGGAACCGUCCGGUCCGAGCGUUGGCAACAUUGACAGGUAUAUGCAUCACUUGGCCGGCCUCACUGGCCAGCCGCACAAUACUAUGCUCCUCAAAGCAAGAGACGCUCUGCGCAAAGUAGACAUCCCCACUCUGCUCAAGUCCUAGUAUUCUUUUGGAUGAAAUGAUUGUAGAGUGCAGUAUUUUUUAAUCGCUUUAGUCUUAGGAUCCAUCCACACCCGUGCACAUGUAUGAGUGUUCUCAUGGAAUGUGUAUGCAGUAUUUCAGACGCAUGUUAUAUGUUUUAUAAACCCGUGUGAAUCGUGUGAUUAUCCGUUGCUCGGCUACUUCUGGGAUGUGUCACCGACGCUAUUGGGCAGGAAGCUCUCCGUGUCGCGUGAUGGUGGGGUUUUCAUGGAGUGAUGCCUGGACGACCCAGACUCGUUACCCGGCGAUUUCCAGGCUUGGGUCCGCUUUGCCCGCCGCAGAAAGAUCCGGCGCACCAUGAAAAACCCAGCUGCCAACAGGGGAACUAUCAAAUACGGCUUGCAGAACAGACCCAAAAUGAAAUGACUAAACGACAUCAUCCAAUUGAUUAGGGUGACUGUCUGAUUAGACCGUCACCCUAAUCAAUUGGAUGAUGUCGUUUAUUCUUUUCAUUUUGGGUCUGUUCUGCAAGCCGUAUUUGAUAGUUCCCCUGUUGGCAGCUCAUACGCUCGAACUAAAUCAUCUUUCCACUUUCUACACUCACGUUGAACCUGCCAAAGGGUGGCCACCGUAGUAUAGAUUGCCGUCGAGAGUGUCACCAGCAUGCCGUAAAUCAUGAUUUAAUUUGUAGGUUUCACCUUACUCGUAUUUUACGGGGAACUAAAAUCUGUUGGGGCGAGGCAGCCGUCCACUGACUUUUUUGGUCAGGCUUACUAUGUAUUGUAACGAUUAAGUAGUCUGCCUAUUGGGUUUUCAUGCUGGGGAAUUGAGUGCAAAUAGUGUGAGUCCUGCUUAGCUCAACACAAAAAUUCUUUUGAAAAUAGGGCCUUCCUAAAUAAUAGAAAAUAUUCUUCGAAGGGGAGCAGUAUGUGUGUUAGAAAAAUAAUAAUAAAAUCGAAAGUAAUAAAAAUGAUAUAUGUAUUCAUCUA